AAUGUUUUUAUUGUGCGUCCUCACAUAUCCAACAACUUCAUCUCCAUAUCUUUACUUGAACAAUGGCUUGGCAUUAUAACAUCCCUUGUUUAGAUGGUUGGCUUAGGUCUGGUUGCACUCGGAGGUUUUCAUUUACGGGCAUCCAAUGUUGGUACGACGUUUGCCAUGGUCACCAUGAUCGUGGGCAUAUGGAUCGCAGUGAUCUCCUUUACAGGUUAUUUCGGGACUGCUAUCGAACAUUUUGGUUUUCUAAGGGGAUUCAUUACUAUGUUAAGCAUGGUAUUGAUCCUUGAAACAGGUAUCAUCAUUUGGUUGGUGUCCAUCGAGCCUGACAAGGUUCGCAGCGUUGGCAGUCAGGUCUGGGGGUACCUGUAUGAUCAUGACCGGCUUUCUCUCAGCAACAUUGAAACACGCAUACAAUGCUGUGGUUAUCUUCACACAUGGGAUCGUCCCUCAUCCUUGUCCUGCCAGUAUGCACAGCCCUGCUACAUGACUACAACUCAGAUGCUCGAUGACCAUAAAGCCAGCCUGAUCGCUGGCACUGCGAUCGCGAUAAUGGUUCAAAUUCUGAGUAUUUUAGUGACUACCUUAAUGGUGGAGAUUAUGGAGCGUACAGAGCAGGAUGAUGCAUACCGGCCUCUGUUACAGCAACAUGUGGCUCCAGCGGAUUACAGUGGUGGUGGCGGACAAUUUUCCGGAUACCAUAGGGCUCGGCGGCCCAGUAAAGGAGUACGCAGUAGUAGUUCACAAGCAUGAUGUAAUAAUAAAAAUGUAUAGUUCCAUGGGCAGGGAAGUGCGGGCAGAUGACGAGCGGUAAGUUGAUGUAACAGUUUCUGGCGUACCACAGGGCGACAAGGGUCCGAGAGGUCAGGUCAGGUCAGACUCAGCUCAGCCAACAACCUUAAACGCUAGACCCUGGCAAACAACCACUUUCAAUCUCUACUUUUUCCAAGCCAUGCCAUGGUUAACGUUGCGCCGGUGUUGUCUCAUUCAAUUUGUUUGGGGGGUCCUAAUCGAUUGGCUGUGAUCAGGUCUGAGGUGUUCAGCAAGGCCAGCACCGAGGUAUGAAGGCUUUCAGAGUCCGGUCCGCGGGUAGAAAUGAGAAAAAAGAGGGCCCAAUUGAAAAGGAAAAGGGUGGGGGGACACAGACAUAAUAGCUGGCAAGCAAGACAAG